ACUGUUGUUCUCUAUUACGACCAGAAAUGCCCUUUCAUCUGUCCGACCGCCCAGGAAAUAAGAUGUAUAUAUAAUAUACAUUAUAAGUAAUUGCGUGGACCACUCUGCCACACAAGCUGAUACGUGGCUGUAGUAAGCGGUUACAGUUAACAACAUCUAUCGGAUUUUACUAACUGUCUACACGGAGAAUAAUCAUGGCGAAGAUAGCCACAUUGAGCCCUUACUCUCUUCCGCGGACGAUGGUGUCUUCCUCUGAAUUACAACUUUCUCUCUGUCACAUGACCCACCCCCUCGACCCCCGGAUCGUGAUGCCCCUCCGGUGGGACCAGUGGUCGACCUACAGAGCCCUCUGUUUCCAGGCGCAGCAGGCCAGUCCUUACCAUGGAUACCUGGGUGCCAACUACCCAACACAGGGGCUGGACCUGUCACUCAGGCAGGAGGACCGCUCAUUUUCCUCCGGAUCUGAGGAGGAAUCGCCGAAGAGGAUUAAAGCAGAAAAGACAGAAGCCAAGCCUCGAUUUGACUUUGCCCAUUUGGCUGAGUCUGCUACCAGUAAACCCGAAAAGGAGAGAGAUUUCGAGACGAAAUCUAUUAAUAAGGAUCCCAUAAUUAGCCAUGUGAUCGAUCAUUAUUUCCCCUCCGACAUCUUCAGGUACAAGCCGAGUUACCCAUCUUGGUACGGCCCCGUCACCAAGACCAUAACACAAACUCCAGAACGAGGGCGAGGGAGGCGACCAAAGAGGGCCAAGAAAGAAUACAUAUGUAAGUUCUGCUGUCGUCAGUUCACCAAGUCCUACAAUCUCCUCAUACACGAACGGACGCACACGGACGAACGACCAUUUCCUUGUGACAUCUGCGGAAAGGCUUUCAGACGACAGGACCAUCUCAGAGACCACAGAUACAUCCACUCAAAGGACAAACCCUUUAAAUGCGGUCAGUGUGGAAAAGGUUUCUGUCAGGCUAGGACGUUGGCUGUACACAAGACAACUCACGAGACGUGAUGCCAACAUUUCCAUGUGAAUAUGUGAAAGAAUGACCUCUUUGAGGAUAAAUAUCUGUUUCCGUGAUCGUCGGUGCCAUAACGCAUUCCAGUCUCAUAGACAACGAAAGUUCCAGAGAGCGGGUGAAAAUCUAGUGGGCUUGCUCGGAAAUGACAAUGAUGAAUAUUCAUAAGCUACAACUAGCAGGAGUCGGAAGUUGCUUGAUUGUAUGCGCAGUGAACCGGAAGUUGAAAUACUUGAUAUGUGGUGUGUGUGAUUUUGUUUGUCAGUGAACAUAUUUAUCAUAGUGAUGUGUCUUUGUCCCGGCCAUAUUGCAGUUUCUGUUAUAUAAAAUUGGUUCAUUAAUUGAUUGAGAUCAAUAUACAUGUGUCCAAAAUAUCUAACACACAUACACCUCGUUAAACCCAGGAUAUCUUUACUCCUUAAUUACUAAAUCCAUUUAAUCUUGCCGAUAUAUAUUAAUAUUCUUCUGUGUCAUAAAAGUCAAGGCUAUAGUCAUUACAAAUGUGUGCUAUAUACGUAAUAACUUUUUGUGUAAAGGCACAGAAUAAGUUGUGACGCAACAACAGCUUUUGUUUUGUAGGUAAUACAACUAAAGAUAACCCAUUUUUCCUGCCUAUUUGCAGAAACUAAUAUACUUAAAUUUUAUAUUAACAAUGUCAAACGCCAAUUUUUAAAUACUUAGAUCGCUUUUGAAUUAUUAGAAAAAAAUAAGUUUAAGUACAUCUGACAUUCUCAAUUAUUUUAUCUGGAAGCUUGUUAGUAUAGUUAUUUUUGACACCAAAUAGUGAAGUGUUCUGAGAUUGGUUGACCAACUUUCUGCUGAAAUUUCCAAUUUCAGGAAAAUGUGCUUUAAGUUUAAGCUCAAUGUCACAUCUUGCAUAAGAAAUGUGAAGAAAUGUUAAUAUGAUAAUUUUAGAACUGUUUCCCUGUAAGGGACAUCAUCCACUUAAAAAAAUACUUGUUUGUCAUCAUCUUACUGCAUCGUCUGGUCCUCGAGUCUUGCGCGAACCUGAGUAAUUCGACGUAUUCACGAAUUAACUAUAGCGAUAUAUAAACCACAACAUGUAAAGGCGUGAAUCGGUUCACAUCAUCGUUGGCUUCUACUGAAGCUUUCGCUAGAAAUCACAGUCAUUCAGAUACUUGAACCAGUCGGCCACUUAAGAGCAUGACAAUGUGUUCUGUAAUAGCCGGAAGUAGCAAGAAGAUUAUAAUCUCGGACACAAUCACGCGUGGACCCGAUAUUUAAAGCUUUGUCAACUUAACAAUACAAAAGUCUUUGGGAAUUUUUAAUUUAUGAAAAUUCUGCCUUUUCUUUCUUUUUCUGUGUUUAUGAGUUCAGUUAACAUACCUGAUUGAUUUUUUUUAAAUAUCCUAGCUGGUAUGUUUGUAAAGUAAACGCAACCUCGAAGCAGUAUUGGCAAAACUGUUUAUUUUCAUGACAUAUCGGCGAAGUUAUUUUGUUGCUUAUCAAAAUAUAGAAUGAUGCAUACAUCUGUUCAUAUAACUUUUAGUAGGUUUUUUAUAUAUAAAAAUAACUGUAACAUUUCCAAAACAUGGGAUCCGGUACAAAUGUAUAAUAUUUGCACAUAUCUAGGUCAUAUUCUAUGAUUUGGGAACACAUUUUAGAUCCGGGACAAACAUUUAUUAUCCAGGACAAACACUGAUGAUCUGUUCGCAGAUUUUGUACACAUGUAAAUAUCUUAAUAACACGUACUUAUAACAUAUAAACAUAUUUAUCACCAUGCCAAUGUCAUUUGCCAAUGUCAUUUGGCAACCCUCGAUUUGAGGUUGUAGCUAGCGUUUUAAUUGGUCGUGAAGGUCGGAGACCUUUGACCUUGAACAUACAAAUACAUUCCAUUGGUUGUUAGGAUUCGUUCUUGUCUUGUUAUGCCCUUUGUUAUUGGUUAUUGCAGCAUAACAUAUGUUAUGCAAAUUCGUUGGAAGUUACUUAAAUGGAAUUAGGUAUGUAUGCGUGUGAGUGCUGAUUCGUCUCAAACGUAUGUUAGUGUGCGCGCAUGAAUUUGUAUGCACGUGUGACGUGCUACCAAAGUGCUGUUAAGACUUGUCUUAUGUGUAUAGAUGUAAAUUUUGUAAAUCCACAUUGAAAAAUAAAACAAUACACUAUUUA